UUCCCUCAGCGGCGCUGUCAGGGCCGGGGUGGGUGGGCGAGCCCGGCGUUCGGAGGAGGGCGCCGGCACCGCGGGGAGGGCGGGCUGCGGCUGACAGUGAGGAGAUGAACGGAGGGCUGGUGCUGAGGCUGGAGAGCCUGGUGCAGCUCCGUGGUGCCUGCAGGCAGCUCCGGGCCCUGUCCUGCAGGAGGCUUUGGGGGGCACCCUGGACGCCCGUGCAGGCCCCUGCACACCCCCUGCACCCCGUCCUGCUGCGCCCACAGCCCUGGCACAGACACAGAGCGAUCGGGGCUGCCUCGGCACACUGCAGACAUCUGGCCACAAAGGAGGAGAGAAAAAAGCAGAAAAAGAAGAUCCCGCUGACGAGAGGGGAAGUGGAGAUAAGGCCGAAGAUGACUAUUGAGGAACUGGCACGAGCCAUGGGCAAAGACAUCGACCAUAUUUACGAGGCCCUGCUGUACACAGACAUUGACCUGGAUUCACUAGAGCCAGAUUCCAUCUUGUAUGAAGACCACAUCAAGAUGAUUGUUCAGAAAUCAGGAAUGAAGUAUAAAUCAGCAAAACUGAAAGAGGAAAGGGAAAGGAAAAACACAGAUGCUGUGAAAAGGCCUCCUGCAGACCCAGCGGUGCUGACCCCUCGGCCCCCCGUCGUCACCAUCCUGGGCCACGUGGAUCACGGCAAAACAACCUUACUGGACAGCCUGCGGAAAAGCCAGGUGGCCUCGAUGGAGGCAGGAGGCAUCACGCAGCACAUUGGGGCUUUUCUGGUGCAGCUGCCUUCUGGGGAAAAGAUAACUUUCCUGGACACUCCUGGGCACGCAGCCUUCUCAGCCAUGCGGGCGCGAGGCACCAACGUCACCGACAUCGUCAUCCUGGUGGUCGCGGCCGAGGACGGGGUGAUGGAGCAAACCGUAGAGUCCAUCCAGCACGCUAAAAACGCGGGAGUUCCUCUCAUCCUCGCCAUCAACAAGUGUGACAAACCCGAAGCUGAUCCCGAAAGAGUAAAGAAGGAGUUGCUGGCCCAUGAUGUGGUCUGUGAGGAGUUUGGAGGUGAUGUUCAAGCUGUAAAUAUUUCUGCACUCAAGGGUGAAAACCUGAUGGUUUUGGCCGAAGCCACCGUUGCUCUGGCAGAGAUGCUGGAGCUGAAGGCGGAUGCCACGGGGCUGGUCGAGGGGACCGUCAUCGAGUCUCGCAAAGACAGAGGCAAAGGUCCCCUUACCACAGCCAUCAUCCAGAGAGGAACUCUGAGGAAGGGCUGUGUUCUGGUUGCAGGCAAGACCUGGGCCAAGGUGCGCUUCAUGUUCGAUGAGAACGGCCGGGCUGUGGAUGAGGCCCCCCCGGGCAUCCCAGUGGAAAUCAUGGGCUGGAAGGACGUCCCCUCGGCUGGAGAUGAGAUCCUGGAAGUGGAAUCUGAGCAAAGGGCACACGAAGUGAUAGACUGGAGGACCUACGUGGAGGAGCAGGAGAAGCUGAAGAAGGACAUGGAGGUUAUUGAAGCAAAGCAGAAGGAGCACAGGAUGGAGUACAAGCAGCAGCAACAGAAGCUGGCCCAUCUCACCUGGAGGCAGAGGAAGGCCGUGCUGUACAAGGCCAACAAGCACCUGCUGUUCCAGAGGCCCAAGGACAGAAGGGAGGUGGCCGAGGACACGCUGUCGGUCAUCGUUAAAGGCGACGUGGAUGGAUCUGUUGAAGCUAUUCUGAACAUUCUGGACAGCUAUGACUGUGAGGAUGAAUGUAAACUGGAUAUUGUCCACUUUGGGAUGGGAGAUAUCAGCGAAAACGAUCUGAGUCUCGCCGAAGCCUUCAAUGGUGUUAUAUAUGGAUUCAGUGUGAAAGCCAAUGACAGCAUUAAAAAGCUGGCUGAUAAAAAGGGAAUAAAAAUUAAACUUCACAACAUCAUCUAUAAACUCAUAGACGACUUGAAAGAGGAGCUCAAUAGCAGACUGCCCCCAGCUGUGGUGGAGACUACAGUAGGGGAAGCUUCUGUUCUGGACACCUUCUCUGUAACAGUAGGGAAAACCAAGAUUCCCGUGGCUGGAUGCAGAGUGCAGAAGGGGCUCCUGGACAGGAAAAUGAAGUUCAAGUUAAUCCGCAGGGGGGAUGUUAUUUGGAAAGGAUCCUUAUCAUCGCUGAAGCAUCAUAAAGAUGAUGCCCAGGUAAUAAAAGCGGGAAUGGAUUGUGGCUUGAGUCUGGACAGGAAUUUGGAAUUCCAAGUUGGGGAUGAUAUUAUUUGUUAUGAAGAGACAGAAGUUCAACAGACAACUUCCUGGGACCCGGGAUUUUAAAGGACCUUUGAACACACGAACACGGAGGGAUGUGUAUUAUACUCCUGGCUGGCCUUUACCUGGUAACAUUAAAUGAACUGUCAGAGGUGCA